AUGAACAAGGUCAACGGAAAGCUUUCAGAUAGGCAAAAGCGUCAAGCUGGCUUCCUUGCUGAUUGGGAGGUCGGUUUCAGCUCAAAUAUGGGAAGAGACCAUGUUCUGUCUGUAGAGGCUAAAGACCUUCGGUUGGUAUUGAAUGACUUGGAAAAUCCUCGUCCGAGGAUCGAGCAUCAUGCGAGCCGCAAGGAUCAGACAUACUUUGAGGAAGAACUCUAUACAACGACGAACUGCACUUGGGUUUGGCCUAUCCAUGUUGCGGUCUCCGAGGUCGAACCUGUCCAGGAAACUCCCAAUACCAUUUAUUCUGGCUUCACUGGCAUCAUUGACUCUCCCUUUCCAAGUGGAUUUUCACAGUCAGGAGUGGGAGGUUUCAGGGAGGGUGAUUCGCUAAUCGAGGAUAACCCCAUCCGCUCCAACACCGGAUACGGCUCGAUGACCGCAUUUACUCGAUCCGUUGAUCUUGCGGCCAAGAUGAAUCAUAAGUCUGAGUCCCGCGCAGUGGCUGAAACGCAACAAUCGCGCUUGAAGACGGGACAGCAGAAAUUGCUUCCGCAUUGCCGCUUCGAGACAUUCAGCUUCCUAUGUAUACAUCGCCUUUACGGUGCACUCGCCAACAUCCCAUUGUCUCGUGGAGUCCGGUUGAGACUUGACGGCAGAUCCUGGAGACAGAAUAAAACGAAUCUGCCAUUAGAUAUGGAUACCCGUUUCAUAUGCAAGUAUAGCCCGUCAAAACCAAGUGCGACUGGUGCGCCUGAAGGGUACGGCCGACGAUGGACAGCUAGCCUUGAUUUUGAGGGACAGGAACUCGAUCUGUUCGGAGACUUUGUGCAGCAACAUGGACACUUCUGGACCAGUAUUCGACCUACUCUCGAUCGACAUCUGCACCAAUUAGCGAAUGAAAUCGAGGCAUUCUUUCUCCGGAUGAAUGGCGACCUCACAAACCCUCGGCAUUACAAGGACUGGGCGAGAAUUGCGGUUAUAGCGUUCGAUAGUCGAGCAGUCAAAUGGAAAGAGAAUAUGGAACAAGUCAAUUCCAGUCUCUCGAGGAAACAAGUCGACUCCCACUUUCUGCCUGAAGUCUCUUUUGGUUUCGCUCCCGAUAAGGGGAAGUUAUACACCAUUCACAUCGAAAUCGUUGAUCUACAGUCACACUGGGACAGUCCUGGGCCUAGGAUACAGGUAGAGGGUACCAUCGAUCUGACUCCUGCGCAAGACCUCGCGUCAAGCCAGUGGAUCUGCACGUGGCCUAUCAAGAUUGGCGCCAUCUCAGAGGGUCGCGCACGGCCCAAGGAUGACCAGAUCUCGUAUCAGACCGGCUCCAAGUCAGCGACUACCGCGUCAAAUAUCAGCCUACAGAACACGCAGUCCAUUCAAACCGCCAACGACCGGGGUAAGGACCUUGCCGGGCACCACAUCAUUGACCUCUCUGGGACAGAAACUUCUGCGAUGACCAAGGAGAGUCUUCAAGGGUCUGCCCCGCAGAUUUUCGACUGCGCAGAAACGCCCUACAGCUGGCUCACGGAGUUGUUCCGUACCGAGUUCCGACUGAUUAGCUCGAAUUGGGGGUCGAGUUCGAUGAUAUCGACUGAUCAGAAAGAUCUUAUGCCACCUAAGGAGCUGAUAAUGGCAACUAUCCCAUCCAAUUAUAUUCCGAACGAAACCAAGUGCGAUUGCCCUUUCGCGGCGAGUAUGGUCAAGCUCGAUCGGCAAGAAAUGGCCAAACGAGAAGCAGGAACGCUGUCGAAACAGCUGCCUGUCUACCUAUUGUACAACCACCUUUUUGAGACUCUGCUCAAUUCUCGAAGCUCACCACCCGACCCCUUGCCCGCUUUGGGCAGGGAAACUUGA